AUGCGGAGGCUUGCAGUAGGAUUUGUCGCGCUGUUUGCAAGAUCUGCCACAUCAUGGCCUUACGACGAGUCUCUCCUUGAAUACAACAUCAACUACAACAAAUCCGCGACAAACCCAGCUGAUUACUGGGGUGAGUGGCCAAACCACCGGGGUGACUACUUUCCGUCUCCAGACAACUGGCGAUUUCCAUUCUAUACUCUAUUUAUGGACCGAUUUGUUAAUGGUGAUCCGACAAACGACAAUAUCAACGGAACACAGUUCGAACAUGAUCCUAGUUCAAAUCAAAUGCGGCAUGGUGGUGAUGUGGCUGGGCUGCUCGAUACUUUAGAUUAUAUUCAGGGAAUGGGGAUCAAGGGCAUUUAUCUUGCAGGUACGAUCCUGAUGAACCAGCCUUGGGCCGCCGAUGGAUAUUCAACGCUCGAUACAACACUUCUCGACCAACAUUUUGGGACCAUCGAAACUUGGCGCAGUGCCAUUACCGAGAUUCACAAGCGUGGAAUGUAUGUCGUGCUGGAUAAUACAAUCGCUACACUAAGCGACCUUAUCGGUUUCGAAGGCCAUCUCAACACGUCGACUCCUUUUUCCGAAGAGGAAUAUAAAGCACUGUGGAAGACAGGCCGUCGAUAUGCGGAUUUUGACUUUGGAAAUGACUACAAUGAUACUUGCGACUAUCCUCGGCUGUAUUACGAAAAUGUCGGAUGCUAUAAUAGCGACUUUGAUCAAUACGGUGAUAUUGAGGCGUUUGGCUUCGCCUCGGUCCAGGAUUGUCUGAGGGAGUGGCACCCUUCUGCUACCCAGGCUACAGUUGACGCGCUUGCAGACAUGUCCUCAGCUUAUCGAGAAUGUGCACGCAAGGUCGGAAAGGAGAACUUUUUCAUUGCCGGUGAAAUAACUGGUGGUAAUGCUUUUGGUUCUAUCUAUCUUGGGCGGGGUCGUCAGUCGAAUCAGAAGGUGGAUGAUAUUAUGGAGGCCAUGAAUAUGAUAAGCACCUCCGAACCUCAAUACUUUAUUCGUGAGGUUGGUCAGGCGGCUAUUGAUGCUGCCGCAUUCCACUACUCAAUCUACCGCGGCUUGACGCGGUUUCUGGGUAUGGAUGGUCAGCUCGAUGCUGGCUUUGAUGUACCUGUCGACUCGGUCGAGGCAUGGAAUCAGAUCAUCUCGACGAAUGAUAUGAUUAAUGCCAACACUGGCAAAUUCGAUCCCAGACAUAUGUUUGGAGCGACCAAUCAAGAUGUUUUUCGGUGGCCAGCCAUUCUGUACGGCGUCGAACGGCAACUACUCGGUAAUUUCAUCACCACAUUGAUACUACCGGGUAUUCCUCUUCUCCUCUGGGGUGAAGAGCAAGCAUUUUACAUUUUAGAUGCAACCGCCGAGAACUAUAUCUAUGGACGACAGGCAAUGUCACCUGCAACUGCUUGGAAAAUGCAUGGAUGCUUCGGGCUAAAUCCAUCCCAAUACUAUCAAUGGCCCAUUAAGGCCGGUCGUCAGGGCUGCCAUGACGAGUCUGCUGCCUUUGAUCAUCGUGACCCGUCUCACCCAAUGCGCCAGGAGUACUCUAUGCUCAACGACGGCUACUUGCUUGAGACUCUGUCAAAACAAACUGAACCCAUUCUCUACCCCGGUUCUAAUCGCACUGCUACGGAGACCGGCAUGUGGUCAGUUCACCGCGAUCUUAACCCAUAUUUGCAAGACUUUGGCUCUGCCGAGAAGAACCAGAUGGUCUGGUUGGUGUAUUCGAACAGGAACAGCACUUACCCCUAUAAAUUUGACUGUGCCGACAAGGACAAGGCCCUCAUCGCCCCUUUCAACGCUGGAACGACCGUCAAGAACCUCUUCUAUCCUUACGACGAGCUAACGCUGGAGGCCAGCCCAGUGAAACGCGGCUUCAAUGGAUCCACCAAGUUCAAUGGCUGCUAUGCAAAUCUGACGAUGGACCGCUAUGAGUUCCGUGCCUACGUUCCUAAGAAGGUGUUCAAGAUGCCACGCCCUAUGAUCACUAAGUUUCGACCUGGUAACUAUGAAAACCCUGGACACGAUUCACCCCUACGUUCGACCGUCGCACCAGAUGCGUCAGAGAUAGUUCCCAUCCUGCUGCAGUUCUCGCAAGAGAUGGAUUGCGAUGGUGUGACUAAGGCAAUUUCUCUGAACUCGUCGACGGAGAUGGGAAAGACACCAUCGAUUGAUACCAGCUCCGUUCAUUGUUUAAUAAUCCCUGAAGUCAAGGGCACUCUUACCGGUCAGAUCCCCGGGGUUUGGCAGUGGACUGCGGACCUGACAGGUGUAUACAACGGUAUCCAUAGAGUCACUGUAAAUAAUGCCACCAGCAAGAAUGGCGACUCAUUCACAAAUGCAGUGGACCAUUUCUUGUUCCGAAUCGGUCAAAUCGAUAAUCCCAUGGUUUUUACUAUGGCCAACUAUUCCAGCAGUCUCUUACACAAGGAUGCGAACGGCACUCUGUUCAUCCAGUACCACGCCGCUGGCGCUGAUAAAUAUCGCUACUCUACUAACUGGGGAACGACAUUUUCAGACUGGACAGACUAUAGAGGUGGUAAUGAUACCAUUCAAACACUUAAAUGGUCUGGAACCAAGAAGCAGAAAUGGGAUGGCUAUCACGUCCGUGUUGAGUACUGGAGCCGCUGGACCGGUAGUAGCGAUUACGUCCCGCGACGCUUCCCUUAUAUUUUCUUCAACGGACCUUACAACCAGUACGGCUAUGAUGCUGGCCUGGAGAACGAGGUUAAGCUGGAUACAACGGAUGGGUUCUGGAAGUACCACUUCAUCUCAGAAUGGCCGGCAGUCGGUCAGCUCAACGUCUGGGGUAUGAAUCCUGAUGGGAAACCCGACCAAAGCUGGGUUCUAGGUGAUGUCGAUGGCGACAAGAUUCUUGACCGAAUGCCGCCCUCGUCUCUUUCGGCCACGCUUUUGAACAUCACCGAACAUCCGCCUUCCCCGUAUCUCGCUUGGAAGAUUUAUAUCAAUGAUGGCAUAUUGAGCUAUCAGCUUAUUCCGGCCGGUAACCAGAGCGUUCAAAUCGCUCUCUUCGUUCUCUUCUGGAUUGUCCCCAUUAUUAGUGCCUCAGCCUGCGUCUACAUCUUCAUAAAGUCGUUCUACAAGGUAAAGUUCAACCAGGUAGGUGUCAGCGAAACGCACACCCUGAUUCCACUUUCCCUCCGUCGCAAGAUGAAGCAGAUUCGCACGGGCAAGGGAGGACGUGGCUUUAUGCGGAGCACCACUGCCUUAGGAGCGGCUGACGCAGGCAAGCGUCGCACGGUUCUGAUCGCCACCAUGGAGUACGACAUCGAGGACUGGGACAUUAAAAUCAAAAUUGGUGGCCUUGGUGUUAUGGCUCAGCUUAUGGGUAAGACUCUAGGUCACCAACACAUUAUUUGGGUUGUUCCUUGCGUCGGAGGUCUUGAAUACCCUGUUGAUACUCCUGCGCCACCCAUGACUGUCACUAUCUUCGGCAAUGCCUACCAGGUUCAGGUCCAAUACCAUGUCUUCAACAAUAUUAUCUACGUCCUCCUCGAUGCACCAGUCUUCCAAGUGAUUAAGCGAUUUCCAAUUGCUCUUUAUUAUAUUAAUGAUUAUCACGGCUCCCUUGCACCCCUCUACCUCCUUCCUGAAACGAUCCCUGCCUGUCUCUCACUCCAUAACGCCGAGUUCCAAGGUCUGUGGCCGAUGCGUACACAAAAGGAGAAGGAGGAGGUCUGUUCCGUUUUUAAUCUUGAUAUUGAAGUUAUCCGUUCCUACGUCCAGUUCGGUGAAGUUUUUAAUCUUCUUCAUGCAGGUGUCAGUUAUCUCCGUAAGUAUGGAAAGUGUUCCUAUGUAUGUUACCCCAUCUUCUGGGGUCUCCGCAAGGUUGGCAACUUGCCCAACCCGGAUCCAUCGGAUGUUGGCGAGUGGACAAAGGACAGCUUUCCCAAGGUUGGCGAUAUACAGGUUGAUCAGGAUUUCGAGGCAGGCCGUGCCGAGCUCAAGAGACAGACGCAGGAAUGGGCCGGAUUGGAGAAGAAUCCAGACGCGGAUCUGCUUGUGUUCGUUGGUCGCUGGUCUAUGCAGAAGGCCGUACUCGAGGCGCGCCUGAAUCUCUUUGGUCUGGUUGCCGUCGAGUUCGGCCGUAAAGGUGCCCUUGGUAUUGGUGCUCGUGUCGGUGGAUUGGGGCAGAUGCCUGGUUGGUGGUACAAUGUCGAAUCUCUCGCUAUUGAAGCUGCGCUCAACUCCAAGACAGAAUCUCGUGCCAUGAUGCGUGCUAGAUCUGCCAAACAGCGGUUCCCAGUCGCCCAAUGGGUUGAGGAUCUGGAGAUCCUGCAGUCAACUGCUAUCCAGGUUCAUGAUAAGGAAGCUGCCAAGGGUCAUAAUCGCCCUGUGACACCCUCUAGUACUUCGACACCCACUAGUGUCCUGACGCCGUUUGGCCGUCCUAACAGCCCAAUGAUUCUUUCUGUCCCACACUCCCGGGAAAGCAGUUACUCAAACCUCAACCGUCUGGGCGACAUCCGUACAGUCGCCCAGCGAAAAGAGACUAUUUACAGUGGGGAUUCUAGUCCCAGCGAAGCAUCGCAGCCGUCAAGGUUGCAGCGGUCGCUGUCGCUCGGUGUCAGAUCCGGUCCUGGUCAUUUAUCAAAGCGUGGCCGUGGCCGUGGUAGACCAAACGCAGAGAACAUCUUGGAGGGCGAUGAGAACGCCUCGCACCGGAGUCAUAAUGAUGGCAGUGAUACUGAUUCCAUCCUCAGCUACUACGGUGAAGAGGAGUAUACCCUUACCCCGGCUCAAAUUGAACAGAGUAGACGGGCUCAAGCCGCCGAAAAAUUGGGUGCCCUUGCUGUAUCGUCGCCUCGACGGAAUAGCCAAGAUUUAUCGCGUCCGCCCCCCCACGCCAUGUCUCCGACGAGCCCUAGCACGCCACCAACGACUGAGAAUAGCCUCCUACCCCCGCCUAAGCCUUUUGCCAAACCUGUCAAUCGACUAAAUAGCACAUCUGUCUUGUCACUUGACUCCGUUGUCGGUAACAAGAAGGACUUCAAGCUGCAGAAGGUCGACCCCUUCUUCACUGACAGCAACGGUGUGUAUCACAAGGAGUUCGAGAAGCAACUAGAAGGUUUGAAUGGAUCCAACUCCGAGUCUCAGCUCUGUAUCGAAGAGUUCCUUAUCAAGUCUGAGAGGCAAUGGUUCGACAAGUUCCGCGAUGCAAGACUCGGUCGUAUCAAAUCACCCACUCCGUCAAUUUUCCGCUACAAGCACAAUGCCUCUCCUGCCGAUUCUAUGUAUAUGGACGAUGCAUCCCGUGAGAGCGGCCACCAGUUCCAGGAUAGUGACGAAGAGGACGAUGAGUUCUUGCUCGGAAAGGACUACGUCCCCCCCACUGGAUUGAAGAAGUGGAUGCAGAUCAAGAUUGGUGACUGGCCAAUCUACACCCUCUUCUUAGCUCUCGGUCAGAUUAUCGCUGCAAACUCGUACCAGAUUACACUCCUUACAGGUGAAGUCGGCGAAACUGCUGAGAAGCUGUAUGGAAUUGCCACGACAUAUGCCAUUACCUCGGCCUGUUGGUGGCUUGUCUUCCGCUAUUUCAAGUCUAUGGUCUGUCUCUCGGCUCCCUGGUUCCUGUACGGUAUUGCGUUCAUGCUCAUCGGCUCCGCUCACUGGGAGCCCGUCUCCUUCACCCGUGGCUGGAUCCAGAAUGUCGCAAGUGGAUUCUACGCGGCUGCUUCGUCGAGCGGUUCGGUUUUCUUCGCUCUAAACUUUGGUGACGAAGGUGGUGCCCCCGUCAAGAAGUGGAUCUUCCGCGCGUGUGUUAUCCAGGGUAUCCAGCAGGUGUAUAUCAUUGCACUUUGGUACUGGGGUUCCAGCUUGACGAAGGCUGUCAGCGAGGGUCUUUUGGCUGCUGACAACAAGAUAUCCAACACAUGGAAGAUGACCGCCAUUUGUUACCCCAUUGCCAUGUUCCUGUGGGCCAUUGGUGUCCUCCUGAUCCUUGGUCUUCCCAACUACUACCGUCAAACUCCUGGCAAGGUGCCUUCAUUCUACAAGUCUCUCUUCCGACGCAAAAUUGUCCUUUGGAACUUCGUGGCUGUUAUCUUGCAGAACUUCUUCCUUAGUGCCCCCUACGGCCGCAACUGGAGCUUCCUCUGGACCUCCAUCCAUACCCAGGCAUGGCAGAUUGCCAUCCUCUGCGUCAUUUCCUUUGGUCUCCUCUGGAUCGCCUUCCUGUACCUCGUCAGCCAAUUCUCCAAACGACACAGCUGGUUCCUGCCCGUCUUUGCCUGUGGGCUGGGAGCCCCCCGGUUCAUUCAAAUCUGGUGGGCAGUCUCAGGCAUCGGCUAUUUUCUCCCGUGGACAGCUGGGGGCUAUACCGGCGGUGCCCUGGUAUCCAGAAGCCUCUGGCUCUGGCUAGGCAUCUUAGACUCAAUCCAGGCCCUUGGAUUCGGAAUUAUCCUCUUACAGACCCUAACCCGCAUGCACAUGCUCUUUACCCUUGUCGCCUCACAGAUCCUCGGUUCAAUGGCCACUAUCUGCGCCCGAGCCUUUGGUCCAAACAAUGUUGGCCCCGGGCCGAUCUCUCCUGACAUUACAAAGGGGGCGGAUUCGGUGGCUAAUGGCUGGUUUUGGAUUGCACUGUUCUCUCAGUUGUUGGUGUGUGCCGGGUUCUUGUUCUUCUUUCGCAAGGAACAACUUUCUAAGCCUUAA